UUUGCAAAUCUAAACGUAGUUCAUAGUUCGAUUAUACAGAAUUUCCGUUAAAAAUAUUAUUCAUCAUUUCAUUACAUAAUAGCUUAAUAAUGCACACGUGUCUCUCUCUUUUUUUUUUUUUUUUUACGACCAUCAGUCGCAAUUUCCGUUUUUAGACGAUAAAUAUUCAGCGGUUCGUAUUCGGCGUUACGGUACACUGCACGCGAUAAAAUCCUCGCGCAGGUAUAAAUACUGGAAAUCUCACAUGGCGAUCUCAGUAUAAAAAGAGAAGAGUAGCAGAUAUCGAGUGGCCUCUUAGACGAACGUGCAAAUUGCUGGGCAAGGAGUUCGUUCGCGUUAUUGAUAAUUGUAUCGGACAUAAGAGCCGAACAUGCUGAUGAAAGUCUUACCGUUGCACGAGGUGCUCGGCGUGCUGGCCUGGUUGGAGGGCACGUGGAUCACGGAGCAGCCGGCGGACGGCAUGUACCCGACCAUCAAGCCCUUCAAGUAUCACGACGAGAUUAACAUCACGUCUAUAGGUCAGCCGAUAUUCAAUUAUAUCGCGCAGAGCUGGGACCCGGAAACGGGAACGCCGAUGCACCGGGAGACCGGCUUCGUCCAGAUCGCACCCGACACGAAUCAGAUCAGUCUCAGUCUGAUUAAUAACAUCGGUAUAGUCACGAUCGAACGGGGCAGUCUGACCGACAAGACCAUCGAUUUGAAGAGCAGCAACGUGUACAUGGUGGAUGCUGAUCAACCGUCGGCCUUGACACAGACUCGUCGGGUGUUCAAACUCGACGGUGAUCAGUUGGAGCAAGUCUUUUAUAUGGCGACGCCGAAGACACCCGAACUGACGGAGCAUCUGCGUGCGAAACACGACACCUGUGUAAAUCGAUUACGUAUGAGAUAUAUACAGUACUUAGAGGAGCAACGCACGCGGGACGAGAGAAAUCACAAGCUCCUCGCGGCGUUGGAUAAAGUGACGAACAAACUCGCGUUGAUAAGCGCGAAGAAAGACAGGCUUAAUGUUCUCAGAAAACAAUACGAGGCUUAUCUGCUUCGCGUUUACGCGAAUUGCCGGCCAGCCGGCAGCGUCACCGGGGACAGUGGCAUUGCCAGUCAGAACGAGGAUAGAUGCCCGCGGAGGACCGUUGCAGCGGCGGCGCGCCCCGAUUUAGCGAGGGGCAUUGCGUCACCGCCUUUUCAAUCAAUCCAGUCAAGGUCGCCCAAAUUCCACGAUCAGGCUCCAGUGAGCGGCACUUUGCCAAGUAAUUCAUCGCCAACCACACCGCCGGCCGAUCAGCUCAGCGGCCAGGUGCCAGUGAUUAGCACACCUGACACUCGAUACUCGCCUCCGGGCGAUCCUCGAGUCUCCUACGCGGGGCAAAUUCAACCCGAUGAUCAAUUCCUCAAACAACGAUCGGUGGCGACGCAAUACGCUCCCUUCGCGUUUCAACCGCGGGAUUACGCUCCGUCCGAUGUCGCGAAAUUGGGCGCGUCGAUGAUCCCCGAGACGACGAACGUCGUCGGCCCACUGCCCGACUACAUGGACUACGCUCUGAGGAAGUCCGAAGACGAGGAGUCCAUCCGUUCUCUCACGAGCGACGACGUGAUGGACGAUCCGAUGAAGCGCCUGUCGUGGAGGAACGCCACCAGGUCGCCGGACGAGAACGGCAGGGCGACGGCGAUGUUGGAGAACGAGCUGGACAGAUACAUCGACAACAUCCGGAAGCUCCAUCGUGAGCACGGCGUGCAGAGCCAAGAGGACCACGAGCAGAACACCAGCGGCGACCUGCUGAACGUCACCCUGUCGGAGGACGCUCAGGAGCUGCCUGCUGAGGACAGGGUGAGGAAAGAGAAAGUCGAGAUGGGCAGGAUCCUGGCGUUGGCUAGCGAUCUCGCUUCCAGAACAGCGGACUCCCCGCGGCGUGGCAGCGAGGCGAGGCGGAGCGAUGCGGACGAAGCAGCCGGGGGACGCGGGACGGACGAAAUUAGGGAGGACGUUGCGACAGACCCGGUGAAAUUGGAAAACUCGAGGGAGAACGAUGAUUUAGGCGAAGCGCCAAAGGAAGACGACGCAAGUUGCGUCGACGACGAGGCGAGGAACGCAGCGGAGCUCGUCACCGGCGAGGAAUCGAACGUCGACGAUGUGUUCGACACCGCCGGAGAACUGGCGCCGUGGGACCUCGCGAGCGUGCAGAAGAGCGUCCGUGAGUUGGAACGCCUGGACGAUCCGGAGGAUAAGGAGCGAGCCGGCGAAGAGGCGGCGGCGAACGGCGCGAUCAUCGAGUCGCCGCGAGGCGGCCCGCCGUCGGAAGUCGCGGACGGAGAAACCGCGGCUGCAGAACUCGUGCGAGAUGGGAAACCGGAGGACGACGGACGCAGUGCCGAGCAGGGAUACCCAGAGGGAUACGAAGAGCAACAGAACGGGCGAUACGAUGGUUACGGCCAAAGUGUGCCGUACGAGGGCGUGGAGGAGUACGCGAGCUACGCCGAGCAGGGCUACGUCGAGUAUGCGGACGGCCAGCAAUACGGCCCGAACGGUCAGCAGGACGCGCAGUACGAUCCGAAUCAAGCUUACGACUACAGCUACGAGCAGCAGUACGAGGCCGGUCAAGGAUACGAAGGCGACGAAUACACCGCUCCUUACGAUCAGACAUACGAGGGAGAGCAGGGGGGGAAUCCCGUCACGGUGGACAGCGAGGGAGCGCCGGAAGAGGUGUCGACGGGGCAGGAGGGUAAACCGGAGGAGCGUACGGACGACAACGUGACCGGCCAGCCGAAGGAGGAGAAGAAGAAGGAUGUGAUCAGGUCGUUGCUGGACUCCGACACGACGGACACUACGAUCGAGAGGAACGUUUCGAACACGGAGAGUGACUUCGACUUCAACUGAGUCGCGUCCAAGAUCGGCGAUACGGACGGGGGGUGAUGAUAAAUUACGUUGCGUCGACCGAGACGUCUCUCUCGAUUUUAAUCACCGUUCUAAUUAAGGCGCUCAAUUAAUUUCGCCGGAAUAUAAGCCGUGUUUCUCUAUAAUGGCGGAAUAACCGGGCGUAAUUGAAGGUACACAGGACGCUGCUCUACUUUCUUCCCGCGUUUGUACAGUCGCGAAAGAAAUCCGUCCUUAUUAAUUCGCGUCUUCAGCGCGGAGUCACAUUGUAAUAGCGUGGGUGCUAAUUACCAUUCAAAUCCGGAGGAUGAGUCUCGCACGAAGAGGGAAUCCGUGUAGACGAAACAAUUAGGUCUCGCUCACGGGAAUAACGAAGUAGAAUAGAGACUCGAUUCGUAUUAAGAUCCUCGAGAAGUGGCUUUAUAGCCGGAAAUCUCCUGCCUCGACUAAUUUAGAAUGUACAUAUCGAACGCACGUGUGCAAUAAACGAUUAAAUGCCAAACA